UGGUCGUGACAGGUUACCAUAGCAAUGUGAUUGUUGUUCCACGUUUCUCCUCUUGCUUUAGCUUGGUAGCUUCUCUGAGCAAUCCUCAGAACAAAAACGAAAGUGUUUUGUCUGGCUGGGGUCUAUAUUGGGCGUUGAAAGUGUGACAUGAAGGAGUCAUAGGGAGGAAUUAAGUUGCCGCAUGCACACUUUCAGACCGGGAGAAAGAAGAUAUGAUGUGACCUUAAGUAAAAUGGCAGCCGCAAAGUCCACAGUGGUUUUUUUCAAUGUGCCUGUACAAUUAAACUAAACCGAAUUUGCUACUCAAACUAUGGCGUUUCCGGAGGAGGGAAUGCACAGUUUGCAGUAACAGUAUAAAAAUACAUUUCCUUUUCCUUUAAUACAAAGUUUGCAUUGAUGCGAAAAUGUUUUCUAAUUCUGCUCAAAAAGUGACUGGAAGAAAGAUAUAGGUGCUAUUUUAUGGGCUUUUACCUGCUCUUGAGGUCUCAUUAUUUUAUUUCCGUAUGUAUCUUUUGUAUUGUAUUAUAUUAAUCUACAAAUCUUUUGAUUGAUCAAGAAAUAGCUUGUUUUAAUUGCAUACCAUGCUACAGUUUUUGUAAUUGUUCCUAGCAACCUUUUUAUUCAUAUCUAAUUUUAAGAUUAAGUUCUUCUGGUCUGAUAUGUUAUUUAACUGUGGUGUGCUGUAUACUGGAAUUUUAAUUUGAAUGUUUCCUAUGAAAAUUAUGUAACUCUGGAUACCUUAAAUGAACAUAGUUUGUGAUUUUUUUUUUUUUUUUCCUUGUGGUUUUUAAAUGGCAUCUAUACCUUUCUAACAAUUCUAAUUUCUUCUCAUUUCUUGGGUGUUGGCUAAGGAACGUUUAAUCUAUUAAGGGGUGUCACUACACAGGAACAUUAAGGCAUAAUUUUUACUUAAUUUAAUCUUCUUUAGCUCCCUAUUAAACACAAGUGAACUGAAAAAAUUAUGGUAUCCUUAGCUGAGAAGAAAUUCUCAAUUUAUUUUCUUGUACUUAAAUACAGUAGGUAAUAUUUUAAAAAGCAGUGUAUUUUUUGCAAAAUGUAUAUGUACUUCUGAAAUAGUAUAAAUUAAGUAAUAAUCUUUCCCUUCCCCAGCUGAAGCCUUUGUUAGACUAUGAGUUGAAGAUAAGCUAACUAUACAGGCACUUCUCAGUGGACUUAAGAUUUGUUUCAAUUGUGCUUAUAUGGACCAGAAGCAGGAUGGGACUUUUCUCUCUGCUUGUAUUUUUAAUAGGCAGGAGGAGAGAAACGGAUCCGCUCCUACCGUAUAUACUCGUGUAUAAGCCGAGGUACCUAAUUUUACUUACGAAAACCUGAAAAACUUAUUGACUCGAGUAUAAGCCUAGACACAACUAAGACCGUUGGACAAGCAGGUAUAGCCAGUAAUUUUUUGGCAAAAUUAAACUACAUUUCAUUCUUUUUAUUAACAGAAAGUUGCCAUGUAUAAUAUACAUUGUGCUGCAAUCACUACAGCGCAAAACUAAAUCACUGAAAAUGUGUCCCCCCCAGUGGAUUUAUAUUACCAUACAGACAUUUUUCAGCUGAGACAAAAUAUACUGAAAGAAAUAUAUUGAGAAGACAGCUGCCUUACCGGAAUAAAUUUGCUCUAACAGGAGAGGAGAGGAAGCUGCUCCCUGUAGUAGGCGCCAAGUGCCUUCAAAGAUUUUUCGCCGGUGUUGCCGGGUUGCCCAGAGUUUUUAUCGGGUGGGAGGGGAAGCUGCUCUCUGCUGCUGGGCCCAUUAAAAGAUUAAUUCAUUCGCUGGGGUAGGGGCGAGCCGGAGAUGCUGGCAGGCGGAAGGGGAGAGCCGGCGAUACUGCUGUCUGCAGCAAGCGCCUGGCCCCUUCAAGAUUUUUUGUCAGGGGCGGCCCUGAGUUACUGGUGCGCAGGAGGGGAGAGUCGGGGAUACUACUUACUGCAGCCGGCGCUGUGCCCCUUCAAGAUUUUUCGCAGGGAGGUCCGGGCCCAGAGUUGUUAUGUCGCUGAUGUCGCAUGAUGAUGUCACGUGCGCACCACCGCGACUUCAGCCGGCAGCGCUCCACACACUUCUUGUUUAAAGUUCCGCACUGCUGCUCCUCCUGCGCCGGAAAUCAACGCCAUUGUUUCUGGCUGGGAGGGGGGUGUUCCCCAUUAGCUCCUAAGGAUCGGGCCCAAUGGAUGGGUUGCGGGCCCCAUCCGGGGUGCAGGGGCACGGGACUCCAGUCAGUAGCACAGCUACAGAUCAUGUGGGAUACAGAUUCAAAGUUCCUCUGCAAAUUUACCGGUGAUGGUUAUAAAACCUAAAUGACGCCUUACAUACAAAGAAAAGGUGUAAUUAAUGGCAAUGUGCAACGACUAAUCUACUGGAAAAGUCCAAAAGAAAAAGCAUCUGCUUGUUUGCCACAAUGAAGAAAAUCAGUCUAAAAACAUUUCGAAAGUCUUUUAAUUUCAAUAAAGGCAAAGAAGAAAAUGACUUUGUAAUGGUACAGCAGCCAUCAAUGACAAACAAUUUUGGGAAAGAUGACUCCUUGUUUGGUAGCUGUUAUGGUAGAGAUUUAACAGGAUGUGAAAUAAGUAGUGAGGAUGAAAAAAAUGGGAAGAAUAGGCCAAAAAGCGAAAGCUUGAUGGGUACUUUAAAAAGGCGUCUUUCUGCUAAGCAGAAACAAAAAGGAAAGAGCAGUACAUCUGGAAACUGUGCAGAGGAAGAUACAUUUUCAUCAUCUUCUGCUCCUAUAACUUUAAAAGAUGUCAGAGCACAGAGGCCUUUACGAUCAACGUCCCUCCGUACACACCAUUAUAGUCCAACUCCUUGGUCAUUGCGGCCAACCAAUUCUGAAGAGACUUGCAUAAAAAUGGAGGUUAAAGUAAAGGCAUUGGUUCACUCAUCUAGUCCAAGCCCAGCACUGAAUGGAGUUCGAAAGGACUUUCAUGAGUUGCAGUCAGAUAAUGUUUUUCAGGAACAAAGUAAUGCAUUGAAAAGUACUGAGUCACAAAAUGGAGACUUGCAUCUACAUAUUAAUGAACAUGUGCCUGUAGUUAUAGGACUUAUGCCUCAGGACUAUAUACAGUAUACUGUGCCUUUAGAUGAGGGAAUGUAUCCUUUGGAAGGAUCACGUGCUUUCUGUUUAGACAGUUCUUCACCUAUGGAAAUAUCAACCAUACCUUCUCAAAUUAGAAAUAGUUUUCAUGAAGAUGAAAAUCAGUUAACACCAGAUGUAGCCGUGGCACCAGACAUAUUUGUGGACCAGGCUGUUAAUGGUCUGUUGCACACAACCAGCGGAGUCCUGUUUCAAAACUCCAGGGUUAAUCACAAUGAUGUCCCUCCACUUUCACCAUUGCUACCUCCUGUUCAAAAUAGUCAGAUCCCAAGGAACUUUGCAGGACUUAAUAGCACAGAUGGAAACAUAGCUGAAAAUAUACGUUGUCAUUUGAAUUUUGAUCCCAGUACUGCUCCCGGUGUUGCCCGUGUUUAUGAUUCAGUGCAAAAUAGUGGACCUAUGAUAGUUACAAGCCUAACGGAAGAACUUAAAAAACUUGCCAGACAAGGUUGGUACUGGGGACCUAUAACACGUUGGGAAGCAGAAGAAAAGCUGGCUAAUGUUCUGGAUGGUUCUUUCCUGGUUCGAGACAGUUCUGAUGACCGUUACCUUUUAAGCUUAAGUUUUCGAUCUCAUAGCAAAACACUUCAUACUAGAAUUGAACACUCAAAUGGAAGAUUUAGUUUUUAUGAACAGCCAGAUGUUGAAGGACACACUUCAAUAGUGGAGCUAAUUGAACAUUCCAUCAGAGACUCGGAAAAUGGAGCUUUUUGCUAUUCCAGGUCUCGAGUGCCAGGAUCUGCAACAUAUCCAGUAAGACUGACAAAUCCAGUGUCACGGUUUAUGCAGGUGCGAUCUUUGCAGUACCUGUGCCGCUUUGUCAUACGUCAGUACACAAGAAUAGACCUGAUUCAAAAACUGCCUUUGCCAAACAAAAUGAAGGAUUAUUUACAGGAGAAGCACUACUGAACUUAAGGGAAAUUUGCAACUUGCACUUUGGGAACAAAGAGAUUUAAAUACAGUUUACAAACUUGCAUUCAUAUCCGAAUAUUUUGCUACCUUACCAAUAUUUUAAUUAUUUUUUUUUGGAGGGGGGGGGGAGUUAAUGAGUCUAAUGCUUAUUUUCUUCAUUUUUUAUUUUGAAAGAAAAUCUCAGCAAUUGUGUGAAGCCACCAUUUUAUCAGCAUUCAGAAAUAAUCACAAUGUGAAUUUAUUAGUCUCUUAUUUUUUCAUGUUGUUAGCUGCUAUCCACUGUGACUAUUAUGCAUCAAAAGCACACAUUUAAUGUGUUCUUGCCACCGCUGACAUUAAAUUAAACAUGUAGAUUUGGAACUUUA